CAUUUGAAAUUCAUAUUUGAAACGUCAUAAAUAAAUUACCGUCCUAUAAAUAAGGUCUGCUCUGUGUAAAGCAAACAGUUAACCUUAUUUAGAAAAAAAAACAGUUCGUACUUAUUGCAAACAGACUUUCUGUUCAAAUUUUAAAAUAAAAAAACAGUUUGGAAGGAAGAUGAAGUCGGCAUUCCUCAUUCCAAUUGCCGUUGUGGUAUGCAUUUCGUUUUUCGACGACGUCCAGUCAUCUGCGAUUGGACAGAGAACAAUCGCGGACGUUGCCGCGGGAGAGACAAAGGAUGCGUCAUUGAAAGUGUUGCCUGAAAACAGGGAACGAAGACAAGUGUUGAAUGGAAAGAGGAAACGAAGACAAGUGGCGAUCAGUGAGAGCAUUGAGAGCAGUGAGAGCAUUGAGAGCAGUGAGAGCCCUGAGAGCGCUGAUAGCAGUUCCGCAGCGAGCAGUGAGAGCCUUGAGAGCUCUAUGAGCGACGAGAGCAGUUCCGCAGUGUCGGAUGAAAAGAGGAAACGAAGACACGCUUCGAGCAGCGACAGCUCUGAGAGUACCGAAAUUUCCGCAGAGUCAACUGAAAGUAAUGAGAGCCGAUAGGUACGAGGUCAGAAGAUUACAUGAGAGAGGAACGCUGCGGAAAUAGACAUACUAUCUUUACAAAUAAAUACAUCAAAAUAAAAAGAAGACAUUCAAAUUUAUGUACAUGCUUUUGUUGUCAGAUAAGUAAACGAAUAAACGCAUAUGUUGUG